AUUCAUAAGAUAAUUAACAAAAAGGAUUUGAAGAAUACCUGGACACAAUACUCCCAUUCAAAACCCUGAACCGAAGCAAGCCAACACCACCACCCUACAAAAGUGAACAGCCAUCAUCGCCCGACAUGCACUCAGAAAACGACGCAGGGUUCACGGUCCACUGCGACAGCCUGGAAUGGCUUCCCCUUGCCCCGAGUGUAUUCAUCAAAAUCGUCAAGCUAGUUCCCGAGACCGGAGAAUACACAAUCAUGGUCCGCGCCGAACCCGGUGGACUCCUUCCUCGCCAUCGGCAUGUUGAGAGUGCGGAAAUUUACGUUCUCAAAGGAAGCGGCGCACACCCUCAAACUGGCGCAUUUGUCCAGGGGGAUUAUGUUUCGGAAAGCAAGGGAGCCGUGCAUGAUCCUCUCCCGUUUGAGCACGAAACGGAGCUUUUGAUGGUGAGCAGAGGACCUUCGGUGUUUUUGGCUGAUGAUGGGUCGGAUUUGUAUACGAUGGAUGUGGCGAUGUUGCAGGGUAUGGUAGAGAGAGCGAAAUAAGUUGAGGCAUUGGGGUUAAAAUUUGAUACUCGGUUUUUAAACUGUCUGAGAUAAACUGCAUUGGUUUUGGUUGGAAUGAUGUGGGAAAGUUGAUCCCGAUCAGGCAGUUCCAUUGCGGUCCAAUGCAGUAAGAAAAAGCUCAAUGAGCUGUGUGCAAUCAGUGUCCG